AUGAGACCCAAGAUAUACCCUCAACUCCCCCCACCCUUCAACCAAAUCCCCCGCUACCCAAUCUUAUACCACGAACCAUCCCCCAUCCACCCACUCCCCACCCUCUCCCACACAAGCACAACCACAAGAACACCCCCAAUCCCCCGAAUCUCCAUCUUCGCCAAACGCGAAGACCAAGGCUCCCCACUCGCCUGCGCAGGAAACAAAUACCGCAAACUAGAAUACAUCAUCCCCGACAUCCUCUCCCAAACACCAACAUACUACUACCAUGAAUCCCACCCAGCAACCAAACCCCUCCCAGGCCCAGCAACCAUCCUCGUCACCGAGGGCGCUCUCCAAAGCAACCACACAGUCCAAGUAGCCGCUCUCGCCCGCAAACUAGGUCUCAAAGCCCUGGUCCUACUCAACCGCGACACGGGCGGCGGCUACAAAACCAGUUCUGCACCAGAAUGCUUCGCCCAAACGGGUAACGUGCAAAUCAACAGGCUCCUCGGCGCCGAAAUACGCAUGUACAAUGCAAACAACCCCGAAGCCACAGAUGCACAGCCCGUCCUCGACGAACUAACAAAAUCCGGUCAAAGACCCUACUGGAUCCCCGGCGGUGCGAGUCUGCAUUCCCUAGGCGGACUGGGCUACGCGCGAGCAGCCUUUGAAAUUGCCGCGCAGGAGAAAGAAGCACAACUCGGCGGGUCUGGCCGCUUUGAUUUUAUUUUCGUCGCCUGUGGGAGUGGAAGUACCGUUGCCGGGUUGAUAUCUGGGUUCAAAUUACUUGAAAAGCUGCGGAGGAGCUCAGGCGAGGCAAGCUGGGACCGGGGCUCGCGGAAUAUCAUUGGGAUUUUGACUUCGCCGACGAGGCCGCAGAAUUAUCAUGAAGAGCGGGUGCUCCGGUUUGCGAGACGGGCCGGAGAACUUAUUGGUCUUUUGGAUGCCGAGAUGGAGGUUACUAUGGAAGAUGUACAUUUGGAUGAUCGGUUUGUGGGGGACGGGUAUGGGGUUAUUGAUGACGAGACUCGGAAAGCGUUGUCUCUGAUGGCAGAGACGGAAGGGAUUGUGUUGGAUCCGGUGUAUACGGCCAAAGUUGCGGCAGGCAUGAUGCAUUGGGUGCAUAGCGAGGAGAUGACAAAGUAUGCUCCGGAACAUGGGCUGCAGGAGGUGAAUGUCUUGUUCAUUCAUACGGGCGGGCAAGCUGCCUUGUCUGCAUAUUUUGACCGGAUCUAG